GCGGGUUAUAGAUAAUAUUCGCACUGCUGGUCGUUUGAAGUAUAACAAAACAAGGAGCUAUUUGGUCAGACCGUCGAUUAAAAAUUGCAUCUGAUAGGUCGGAUCGGAACGGGUUCCGGGAGCGCCAUAUCGCGACUAUGUCCGCCAAGUGGGCAACCAGCAGCAACAUCCAGGAGCGUCGAGGCAUUUGGUGAUGUGAUGAACACUGCAAACUGAGAACUCGAGAAAAAACUCCAGCCCAGCUCGACUCCGAAUCGAAAUCACAAUAGAGGCCACAACAUAACGCACUUACACACACACACAACGCACAGGCCCACAAAUAUACACUGCAACAUAUGCACGAAGACAAUUGCUAAUUGGAGUUCAGUGAUUGCAACUGUGAGAAGUGGGAUAGGCGGAUAAAAGCAGAACAACGGUCCACGGAUAGCAGCAGCGGAUAGCGGAUAACGGUCAACGGAUGACCAUGGCUCUGCCAAAGAAAAUUAAAUGUUUUAAAUAUUUGGUUUACAGUUAUGUGUUUCUCCUGGCGCUGACCGGAGCUGCACAGAUAUUCCUGGGCACAUCGCUGCUCUGGGGCCAUUCGGUCUACUAUGGCAUCGUGCAAAACAAGCUGUGGGCCCCGGCAGCGAUCCUCCUUUGCCUGGGACCCGUCACCUUCAUCCUGUGCUGGAUGGGCUGCCAGGCCACAAACCAGCGCAAGCGCUGCCUCUUGGGAAUGUUCGCAGCCCUGCUGGUGGCCUGCAUAUGUGUUCAAUUCAUUAUCUGUGGCUGGUCCUUAGCCAUGCGGGAGAAUCUGCCCACAUCCGUGGAGAUCUUCAUCGACGACUCCUUUGUCGAGUUCUUGGACAAGUUUUCGCGCACCAAGGUCGACAAUUUACACUUGUGGAAUCGGAUGCAAUCGCAGUUACAAUGUUGCGGUGUGGACGGACCUCUUGAUUACCGCCGACUUUCGCUGCCGUGGUCCUGCUGCUCCCGUCCGGAGCACGCCUACGAGUCGGCCUGUGAUACGCACUACAAGCGCGGUUGCCUGGCCGUUGUUUCGGAGCAGAUAAAGAGCCGCUUACUGAUCACCGCGUUCGGAGCUGCCAUUAUAGCCAUAAUUCAGAGCCUGGGAAUCUUCUGUACUGUCCACCUGACCAUUCUGUUCGGCAAGAACGACAACACCCAUCCUAUUAAUAUGAACCGAAAAAAGAAGCAGCAGCAGUUCUUGCCACUAACCAUACAGGAUAAGAGGCACGACAUGCCUUCGCCCAUUAAUCUAUCCCCAUCAGCACCAGGGCAGCGGGUUUUAAAAACUGCUCUGCCCCCGGCCAUGCACAAAUGACAGACGAUUAGCUUUUAAGAAAUUGAAAAAAAAUUUAUGGAAAACUCCAAAGAAAAGAUGAAAAAAAUUAUAAAAAAAAUGUUGUAAACUGAGAGAUGGAAUGAAUAUAACUGUGACCCUCAAUGUUACGUUAUGGUAAUUUUAAACAAUUUAACGUUCGAGAAAAGAAACAACAUUUGAAUUUGGAUUAA